AUGAUCACUCCACCGAAACACUCAUACAAUACUCUGAACUUGGGCUGUUUUUCUACGGGUACUUCGCCCCUGUUCACCUCGAUCGACCGCACAAUGACCGCGAUUGCGGACUCAGUUCCUCCUCCUGUGUCUCACUGUCCACGUCCGUCGUCCGUGCCCAGCACGGCCGCGGUGGCAGGCGCAGUGGCUGCGGCGGCUGCUGGCUUUACUGGUCAUCGAGAUGCGCUUGGUUUUUUGUCCACUCGGAUUACCUCACCACUUAGUGAUGGCCCGCUAAACUCACCGACAUUGGACUACAAAGAAAACGCGUCUGCCGCAACUGCGUACUCCUUGACCACACCACCCUCGUCAUGUGGUCAACAAGCGUGUAAGUUGUAUUUCAGUUUUCUCUGCGUUUCAGUGGAAUCACGUUUUGGUAUCUGCUAA